AGGGAGCGGGAGCAGUGCCGGCCGCGGCGCAUGAUGUGGGUGCCGCUGCUGGCGUGCCUCACCGCGGGGAUCGUCUCCGUGCCCAGGUGCCAGCGCGGCCCCGGAGCCUUCCUUGGGGCGGCCCGGCUGCUGGCGGCCGUGCCGGGACUCUGCCAGCGCUCAGAAAGCAGAUGUGCCACUUCAAAUGCAGUAACAUGCACAAAGUGUCUUGCUUUGGGUCCAGAGUGUGGAUGGUGUGCUCAAGAGGAUUUCAUGGCUGGCACAACACAGAAGGGACGCUGUGACACUGUUUUCAACUUAAUGAAAAGAGGCUGCCAAUCAGAUUUGGUUGAAAACCCCAUGGUUCAUGUCACAAUACCUAGUGACCAUGAAACAAAUACACAAGUGACACCAGGAAAAGUUUCAGUCCAACUGCGUCCAGGAAGUGAAGCAAACUUUAUGUUAAAAGUUCGUCCUUUAGAGAAAUACCCUGUGGAUCUUUACUAUUUAGUUGAUGUCUCAGCCUCUAUGCACAACAAUAUAGAAAAGUUAAAUUCCGUUGGAUUUGCUUUAUCUAAAAAGAUGGAAAAUAUUUCUCUUGAUUUUCGACUUGGAUUUGGAUCCUAUGUGGAUAAAACUGUGUCACCCUAUAUUAGCAUUCAUCCAGGUAGAAUCCAUAACCAGUGCAGUGAUUACAAUUUAGAUUGUAUGCCUCCUCAUGGUUAUAUUCACGUGCUAUCCCUGACUGACAAUAUAGCAGAAUUCAGAAAUGCAGUGAAUAAACAAAAAAUAUCUGGGAAUAUUGAUACACCUGAAGGAGGUUUUGAUGCGAUGCUCCAAGCAGCUGUGUGCCAGAGCCAUAUUGGAUGGCGUAAAGAAGCAAAGCGACUGCUUCUUGUGAUGACAGAUCAAACUUCCCAUCUGGCCCUUGACAGUAAAUUAGCAGGAAUAGUAAUUCCCCAUGAUGGAAACUGUCAUUUGAAAGAUAAUGUGUACAUCAAAGCUACGAGUAUGGAGCAUCCAUCUCUUGGGCAGCUUUCUGAAAAAUUGAUUGACAAUAACAUCAAUGUUAUUUUUGCUGUUCAAGGAAGCCAGUUUCAUUGGUAUAAAGAUCUGUUACCUCUCUUGCCUGGUACUGUUGCAAGACAAAUAGAAUCCCAAGCAGCAAACCUCAAUGAUUUGGUGGUAGAAGCCUAUCAGAAACUAAUCUCUGAAGUGAAAAUUCAAGUGGAUAACCAGAUCCAAGGUCUUCAUUUCAAUAUCACUGCGAUCUGUCCUGAUGGAAGUAAAAAACCUGGCAUGGAAGGAUGUAAAAAUGUGGGAUAUAAUAAAGAAGUACUUUUCAAUGUAUCAGUUACAAUGAAAGGAUGUCAUACAAGCGGAGGAAGAAAAUAUGUCAUACUUAAGCCUAUUGGUUUCAAUGAAACUGCCAUUGUCAAUGUGCAGCAAAGCUGUGCCUGCCAGUAUGGGGACAGCACAGGGCGCAAAGGAGUGUGGGCUGAUGAAACUUCUGACAGCCAACAGUCCCCAUGCAGUGACAGUGACUGCAGCUCUAACAGAGACAUGCUUCCCUCAGAGAAGUGCAGGCAACACCAGGACCAACCCAUCUGCAGUGGUCAAGGAAAUUGCAUAGAUGGGAAAUGUUUCUGCUACAAAAACAAGCUAGGCAAGGUGUAUGGCAAGUACUGUGAAAUGGAUGAUUUUUCCUGCCCCUAUCACCAAGGAAACUUAUGUUCUGGUAAUGGUGAAUGUGAAGGUGGUAAAUGCAAAUGCUUUGCUGGCUGGGAAGGUGAUCGUUGUGAGUGCUCAUCACAAUCAGCAAAGCACUGCCUGAAUUCAAAGGGCCAAAUUUGCAGUGGAAGAGGAAAAUGUGUAUGUGGAAAGUGUGAGUGCACAGACCCAAGAAGCUUUGGCCGUUUCUGUGAAUAUUGCCCUACUUGUAACAAAGCCUGUGAAGAAAACUGGAACUGUGUUCAGUGCUAUCAUUCUAAUAAUGCAUCUCAAGUCAUACUUGACCAGUGCACAACCUCAUGCACUUACCUACUGCAUUAUAUUGAUAAUACUUCAGAUUGUUUCUCUGGACGGAACUACUUUAGAGUCUUUUCCAUAAUCUUUAUAGUUACCUUUCUGAUCGGGUUGCUUGUUGUCCUUAUCAUCAGGCAAAUAAUUCUGCAGGGGAGUAGCAAUAAAGUUAAAUCUUCAUCUGAUUACAGAGUAUCUACGACAAAGAAGGAUAAGAUGUUUUUGCCUACAGUUUGUACAAGAACAGUAACAUACAGACGUGACAAACCAGAGGAAAUAAAUAUCGACAUCAGCAAGUUGCGAUUAAACGAAACUUUCAAGUGUGAAUUCUGAAGACUGCAAAUGUCUAUUUCCAUGAUGCUCGACUUUUAAGAAAUUACCUUUUGUACUCUGUGGGAGUCUUGACUGUUGCCAUAUGGUUUUGUGUUGUGCAUUUUGUUGAAUACUGUAACAAAUUGACAUGUAAACAUAUUCACAUUAUGUGAUUAUGUUUGGAACUAUAGCUGCUGUAUUUUUUAAAAUUUUUUUUGAAAGAGAAAUGUGCGUUACUACUGUUCAGAAACAUUAGUGUUGAUGUAGCACUUUAGCAUAUUCUAAUUUAUUUAGUUAUGGCCUAGAAUGUAGAUACAAACUGGUCUGACAAAGCACUGAUCUCACUCUACAUGUAGCUGGUACUGAUGUGCUCUGUGGGAAUGGACAAAAGCUGUGACUGGAGUAUUAACAUUGCUGUAUAUUAUAGCAAUAGAUGAAACUAUUAAAAUGCUCUUUAAUAGAGUAAAUGGUACUUUUAUAGUUCUCUCAGUUGACAGAUUCCACUAAUUUGUCUGCUUAUUCCUCUCAUCUUUUCCUCAAAAAAAUGAUGGGAUUGAGUGUUUAGUUGCUGGUAUAGGUGUAUGUUGUGUGUGUAUACAUUCACAUAUGCAUGCAUACACAGAUAAAUUAUAUAUUUAUGGGGGUUUUUGAAUGGAUGAUGUCAUUUAAGGAUAAUUUAUAUCUGAUAAAGAGUAAUUUUAAGCUGUUUUACUUGUUUAAAUAUAAUGCCCCAAUUUUAUACAAAACAUAAGGUGUUUGGAAACUGAGUGGCUACAGAAAAUGAGAGUUCCUUUACCCAACAGCAUGGUCUACAUGAUGAUCACUGCCAGCAGACUACACCUUUAGAGUCAACAGCAUCAAAUCCAUUGCAAAUAGAUAAAUUACACCAGAGCUGUGUUUGGUUUGCUAGCUACAUGUCAGUGUUUUGCCAAAUAAGGACUUGGAUCUUUUUAUAUGAUGUCAGGCAUAAGUCUGAUUUUACAUGUGCUCUUUUUCUCUAUGUAAAUUAGUUGAUGAGAUUAGGUUUUCUAAGAUUUUUGUAACUACUUCACUUUUUUGUGACUGUGCAUUGAGAAGUGUGUCCAGUGUGUGAUGGAGAAAAGAACCUGCAAACUAGAAGAAAGUGAGGAAAAUAACAGUAUUUUUCUCAAAACACAAUAAUUGACUUUAUAAAUAUGGAUCGGAUUCUGCAUUCCAGAAAUGUGCAAAACUCUUCCAAACAUGGCGGAACCAAUAUAAUCUUAUCUAAGAGCAGAAUGGGAACUAAAAAGUCAAGCAGAAGCAUCUUUUUUUAUCCCUGAAACCAGCUAGAGUGGUAGAACAUGUUAUUGUUAUAUGCUUGCUGGAAGUGUCAGUCUGAUUUACUAACUGUAUGCUGCUGAAACCCUAUGAAAAUCUGAUCAACCUCUAAUGCACUAAAACCUUGCUGGUUUUAAAAAGAAAAAUCAUCUCAGAAGACAGUCUAUAAUUUCACUAACAUUUAUUACUAAUACUAAAUACUGUUACUAUUUGACAUAGAUAAGAGUUACAGAAACAAAGCAGGACUUCCUUAUGUGCAGUCUUUAGAAAUUACUUGUAUUUCCUAUUCUGUAUUUCUUCUGUAAAUUCCCACUGAAACUUGAGCACUGUGAGGAUUGAAAGGAAGGCAGGGUGUAGAAAAAUGAUGAGUGUUUUAUGAGUGUUAAGUUUCUUGGGUAACAGAUCAAGCAGGAUUGAGAAAAAUAAUACACAGACAAUGGACCUUUCAUUAGUCAUAAAAGCUUAGGAAUUUUUUUUUUUGAAUGCGUAAAUUGGACUAUUAAAUGUUUUUAAAGCAGUCUCUGAAGUAGGUCCUGAGCUUUCUACCACACAGGUAAAAUUAUCUUGUUAAAAUAUUUAACAAAAAGAGUAUUUCUUUACACUGACCCUGACUUUAGUGUUAGCUUAAUUGUAGAAGCUUAGUCAUAGAUUAAUUCUGUAGUCUAAUACUACACCUUAAACUCUCAUUUUCUUUUAAAGUGUAUAGGACUGUUCUCCUCCUGUGUAAAUUAAAAGAUUUCAAACAACUGGUUUUGGUGGGAUAAAGAUAAAAUAUUUAUAAAGGUUGACCUGCUUUUAUCCUUGUCACAAUUCAUGGCAAUUUGUGAGUGGGACACAAUCUCUUGUUGCUAUUUAACUUAAAUUUUAAAAAUGCUUAGUGAAGUAUAUGUAAGUAUAUAAAAAAAGAGGUUAAUUAUAUUCUUUAAACAGUGUGAUAAACCCUUUAAAAAAAAGAUUCCUCAGAAUCUAUUUUCACCCCAUAAUGGCCUUUAAAGCAUGUACUAAAGCAUUUAUUGAACUGAUAAAUGUAUUUUUUUCAUUAGAAAUUACUUUUCACUGUUAGAGGGAGUUCAGUUUUGUGGGUAAGGGAUAAUGGAAGUGGAUUCUUGGUGGAAGAGACUUGAGCUGUAAUACCUAUCUUCCAGACACAUCACAUCGUGCUGCUACCGCUUUUCUUCUGUAGCACUUGGCAUUGGACUGCUGCCUGUGAAGGGGCAUGGCCAGUAUUUCCUUAUCAGACACCUGCCUGAAUGUUUAAAAUACUCUGGUCAAAAACAGCAGGCUCACAGGACAAAUUGCACUGUAAGCCGCUUGCUGUCCUGAGAUUAAAAAAAAUGUAUAUAUAUUAACAAAAAAAAAAAAAAAAAAAAAAAAAAAAAAAAAAAAAAGAGAGAAAAA